AUGGUUGUGGACUCGCAACUCAAUCACGGAGUAAUGUAUAAUCACGAUUGUGCCUGUAGACAAUUCGUACGUAAGCGCUGUAUGGAAAAGCAGAACGAAUCAGUCGACUUGAUGCCAGUCUCCGUGAAAGAUCCAGAAUCUCAUGUCAAGAAUCCAGAGCAUUUUGAUUGCCUUGAUUGUGGAGCCAUGUACGUCAUUCGUAGUACCUAUAGCGUCCAGGGAGGUGCAUUUCGAUAUCUCACUAAUUUUGAUGUCUUUACAGCAACAAGCACGCAUGCCCCGGAUCUCCAGUCUCACGACGUCGAUGAUGAACGUGUUGUGCGGUCGUUGCUGUCCGCACAUCCAGCUGUCAAACUGUGCUAUGCUCAUUAA